AUGAACGGAGUCUGCGCCAGUGCUUACAAUGUCAUCUACAUAAGUUCAGACUACAUUGGAAACUUUACAGGUGAUGUUAAGAGAGAGUUCACCGGAAUUGUGUACUACAUGAUUGCACGUGUUUUGCAAUGGGAUGGGCAGGGGCAGGCUCCGAUCGGGUUGCUGACGGGGAUAGCGGAUUUUUUCCGGUUGAAGGCGGGGUAUGCGACCGCGAUGUGGGCAAAGUCCGGCCAAGGGGUACGAUGGGAUGAGGGUUAUGAUGUCACUGCUCGGUUUCUUGAGUACUGUGAUGGUGAGUAUGGAGGGAUUGUGAGUUUUUUGAAUUCUAAGAUGAGGUUUGGAUAUGAUGUUGAGUUUUUUAAGGAGUAUAGUGGGAUGAGUGUUGAUGAGCUCUGGAAUGGGUAUGUAGCUAAGUAUAGGGGUUGA